CUUGGCUCUUUGAGAGCUUCCAGCCGUAUAUAAGGCCCCUUGAUCUCUCAGGUCUUUCGUUCCCCCAGAAGUUCAACCACCACCUACCAAACCAACCAAACCCAAACUAUUUUCAUCAUGUCGAACUACAACGAGCCUACCAAGCAGUCCGGCCAGUACCACUCCCUCAAGGGUACCGCCGUCGAGGCGAUCGGUAACAUGACCGGUGCUACCUCGUGGCAGGAAUCCGGAAAGAAGGAACACCAGCAGGGUGAGGCCGAGUACAACGCUGCCCAGGCCAAGGUCUGGGUCGAAGGCGGGAUGGAUCGCCUUGAGGGCAAGAAGGACUCUGUUCUCGGUGCCAUCACCGGCGACAAGCAACAGCAAGCCUCUGGCAACGUGCAAGAGGAUAAGGGCGAGGUUAAGCAGAACAUGAACUCAUAAAGUGAUUGCAUGCUGUAGACCGAUGUCGUCCAUUGGCUCGCUGUACUUGUAGCCUAGCUUAGGCGAUACCUCAACGAAUUCAA